GGAUCUGAAGUUUACUCACGCAACCUCUCCUUCUCUUUUCCCCUUACCGAGUGCCGCAAAUCCUUCCGAUCCCCGCGGAUUCAACGCUGAGGAAGAGGAGGAGGCGAAGAAAUCGGUAUACUUGUUUUUUUUUUUCUUUAAUUCCAUUCAGUUUUGUGUUUAGUUUUUAGAGUUUCCUUCUUGUUUUUAGAAUUAGUGUUCUUGAGCAGAAGUUUCUUCUCCCACGAAAAAUGAUCUUACUUUGCUUCUUUCUUGACAUCUCACAAUUUUUUAAUGAGAGAAGAAGAAGACAAAAAAAAGAUGAAAUCUUUUUCGACUCGAGAUCCAAAAGAUCUGAUUUUUUGAGAGGAGAGUGAAUUAUUUUUAUGAUUUAUCCAUCUUUUGGAUCGAAGCAGUGAUCUUGCGAAGGAAAAAAUCAAGCGAAAUUAGUUCUAACCCUAAUUCAUGCAAUAAUAUUGAAUGAUUAUCGAUGGUCCGCGGUGGGUUUAAAUUACCAUUUUUAGGAAAUUGCCAAGAGAUGACGUCGUCGAGCUCGCCGUGCGCGGCGUGCAAGCUGCUGCGGCGCAAGUGCGCGCCGGAGUGCGUGUUCGCGCCGCACUUCCCCCCGGACCAGCCGGCGAAGUUUGCUAACGUGCACCGCGUGUUCGGCGCCAGCAACGUGGCGAAGCUGCUGAAGCAGCUCCGGCCGGAGCAGCGGGAGGACGCCGUCGUGUCCCUCGCAUACGAGGCGGAGGCGCGCCUCCGCGACCCCGUCAACGGCUGCGUCGGCUACAUCCACCUCCUCCAGCGCCGCCUCAGAGAGCUCCAGCACGACCUCUCUCUCGCCGAGAAGGAACUCUCCAACUACCUCCUCGUCCCCGCCGCCGGCCCCCACUUGGUCGGCCUCCCCCAUUACGCCUUCAAUCCCAGCUUCGCCGGAGGCAUCAACGGGAUGGCCGCCCCGAUGGCGAUGAAUAGUACAGACCCGGCACUGCCAGUGGGGAUGCUGUACGAUCGGACGGGCAGCUUCGGAGCGACAGCAACAUUCCGGCUGCCGGCGGUGCAGUUGUUGAACGGCGCCGGUGGAUUUGGAGCAUUGUUAGAGCAGCAACAGCAGCGGCAGUACCAUAAUCCUGAGCAAACACACGGGGAAGAGUAAGAUCAAUGGUUUAGGUCAUUUUUUAUCAUUAAUUAAUCAAGAUCAACAACAUCAAGAAAGAAUAAGAUAUUGAAAAUAGAAUUUACCUCCUCCGCGUUGAUCCUGCGACGGGUUGAUGGGGGCGCUGCGACGAGCGUAUUCACCUUUUACCAUCAAAAUAUAAGAUAGAGAAAUUAAGGGUAUAUGGAUCCACAUACGGUAUAUAUGUAAUGCUAUUAUGUAUUCUUUCUCUCUCUUUCCCUGUAAAUUAAUCAAGCAUUUGCACUGUCAGUAAGAUAUAAGGUGUUAUAUCA